AAUUCGUCAGAAAUAUAGUAAAUUACCACAUAUAAAUUUAAAAUUUGUUUCUUUAAUUUUAAAAUAAGUUUUUUUGCAAACCUGCUCACGACCCAAUCCAAAAGUUAAAAUUGGGAUUAAAUCUGUAUAUACUGCACAUGCGAUGAAAAUACUUAUGAGCCUAGCCUAGAUGAGGAUUAAUAUUGUGUAUAUGAAAAUUAUGGCGAACGAUGCCAUUUUGUUUUUUUUUUUGUUUUUUUGGCCAAGCAGUGUCUCAAUUCACCGUUGGCAAAUUGGCAAACGGCUACUGUGAGCGUAACAUUGCAUGUCUCGGCUGUUAGUUUCCCAUCCCCUGUCCUUGCUGUCACCCAUCCCCUGUCACCCCUCUAUUGGCUGUCACCCUGGCAGUUGCCCAUUCCUUGUACUAUAUGUGCUAGAGCACACAUUCCUUCUGUUGGCUAUUUUUGAGUUCUUCCUAGUAAGAAAAUAUUAUAAUGCUCUGCCUAUCCCCACUAUUAAAUUUUCAAAAAAACUAUUGUAUAUUCAUUUAUAGUCAUGACGUGCCUAUAUAUGGUCAUGAUGUGACGUCAUCAUGACCAUAGGCAUGUAAUUGUAUGUUUCAUUUGUUCAGUUAUCUGACCAAGCUGAGCAGAAUGAUCAGCUGACUGAAACAUUAAAAACAAAGCAUGCUGAUGAAAAAAGACUUCUCCAAGAAGACAAUGCAGCUGCAACAAAUAAAAUGAGGGAUGAGUUUGAAAUUGAAGAAGAGCAGAAAAGAAUGGCUGCAGAGAAUCGGGAAUGCCAGCUCCAAGAUGACGCAUUCAAUUUAAAAUUUCAAUGUGAACGAUUAAGACACAAAUGUAAGAUGCUCGAGGAUGUCCUUCAAAAAGACUCGAAUGAGAAACUUCAGGCAGCGAUUGCUCAAUACAGUAUAAACAUUUACCAGAGGAGGUUGAAAGCCUGAAAACAGUGCUGGAGCUGAGGAAUAAAAGUGUACAUGAUUUACGAAGGCAAAAAAUGGAAUUAGAAAAAGAGCUUGAAGUGAUAUCUGAACAUGAAGAAAAGAUAAAACGAUAUGAACGACGUAUUGAAGAAUUAAAAGCAAUUGUUGGAAGGAAAGCCGAUUUAGAGAGACAAUUAUCAUCCGAACACAGAGCAUUGAAGGAAACGUUAGACAAACAGUCAACGGAAAAGAAACGCCUUUCAAUGGAAAAUGAGGAACUCGUUUGGAAACUACAACAAAGUGAGUGUGGCUCCCCAGUUUGUUUGACUCCGCCUACCCCCACAAGGACGACACGAAUGCCUUCUCCAACCAAUUCAUUUAGUCGCACAAAUCUGUUACGUUUAAGCUCAUCGGAGAGUCACGAUAACGUGUUCAUGUCGUAUGAACAGAAGAUGGACCAGAGUUUAAAUUGACGGAUGAAUAAAUAAGUCAUCCACCAUUUUGAAAUUCAAAACCUUUAUAAAACUUUGAGGAAUUUGUAGUCAAGUUUUACACAUAGGGAAUAUAAUUCUGUAGGUAUAUUGUUGAAACAAAAUCCUGUAUUAAUAACGUGGGACUGUCGGAAAAUACAGUCCUAUAGGAAAGCGGAGGGACUGUUUACAUACACCCUAUAGGAAAAGACAGCAGAAACUAUGAAACAGCAUUCAUAUGGGAAGACAAAAUCAACUUUUAAUCCUACAAUAUUUCAACUCAACUUGAUGCAAUUUUGUUGACAAACAAUGAAUGUAUACUUACAUUACAGAACAACUAAUGAAUAUUUAGCUUUAAAAAAUAACCAAUAACCAAUUAGUGUGGACCAAUUAAUGACUCAACUCCAGUUUACGUAUAUCAGGUGGAAUAGUUAAUAUUCUGCUACUUUUCACAAACUACCGAAAGGUCCACUGAUUAAUCUCAGAUAAGAAAGUAUAAUAAUAAAUCUGAUGAUGACAUAAUUAAUGUUGAAAUGUUGAAUCCCAACAAGUAUUUCAAUACUUGGAGUAUGUAUUAUACUUUCUUUUCACAAACUAAGUAUUGGAAUGUAAUCUGUUUUAGCACUGUGUAUCCUGAACACUAAAUCUGGGUUUUGAUAUCCCAUAAUAAGAUUAUAUGGUAACUAAGUGUGUGUUGGCAAUGUGAGGUAAAGUGUUCAAGGUGUAGGUUGUGUCUCAGGAAUGACGAAAGAAAAUUGUACUUUAUUUAAUAUGACAGCAAAAUGUUGUACUUUAUAUAAUGUGGCAGCCAAAUGUUGUAUGGGCUGAGUAGAUUGCUUCACCAAUGAGUAUCAGGUGCAGUCUGGUGUGGUAGAGGGCAAGCGGUUGCCCAGAUUGAUUCUAGUGAUUAAUGGGGCAAGUAAAGUGUAGUUGCUCACUGAGUUUUGGGCAAGUAGUGAUGAGUUUUUGUAUAGGUUAUUGAUAUAAUGAUCUGGGGUUAUUGACCUCCAAUUUGGGUCAUUGACCUUUUGGUAUUAUUCUGUUGAAACUUUUUGUGUGUGGAUUGUAAUGAUUACAAUUGAGUUUGAGAAGACAUCUUUAUAUGAAUGACAUCAUUUCUAUAAAAAAAAAAAAAAGAAUGAUGCCAUUGAUUGUAUAGUGAGAUGAAUGUGUUUGCAAAUAGUUUGGUUUUUCUUGCUGAAAAUAGGCUGAAAAUGUUCAAUAGCUUUCAACCUAACUGAUAAUAAUUUAAGUUGUAUUGUUA